CUUCAUUUCCCCCUCCACUGCUGUGACGCUGAAGCAGCCGAGCGGCUGCCGGUCCGCUGCCUUCAUUCCGCCCCACUAGCUGCGUGCUGCACAGCGUCUCAAACGGGAGACAGAACGAGACAGAGAGGGCACGGGAACGAAUCUGCACCUGGACUGUGGAUUUAAGGAGAGAAACGAAGGGGGAAGUUGAAACCGUCACUGCUGCGACAGGCUCCAGACUGCUGUCUAGUUAACAAGGUUAGAGGUCCUUGAAGGCAGUGCUACCACUGGACAGAGAUGAUGUCCAUGCAAAUGAGCGAGGCUGACAGCAUGGUGAAGGUGGCGGAGUGGCAGCAGACCUACUAUGCCUCAGAUUCUGGCAUCCAAUCAGGGGCCACCACAGUGCGGGAUGAUGAGAGCAGCACUGAGUACAGCGGCAGUAAGAAAUACACAGGUAGUACCACAGCCGGCGCUACCAAUGCCCCAGCCACAGAGGGGGGAGGUGGGGACACAGCAGCUGGUGGACUGGAGAGCCCCACAGAUUUGGAAGCCCAGUAUUCACUAACCCGGGCUCAGCGUGUCCGGGCUGCCAUGUUUCCAGAGACCCUGGUGGAGGGAGAGGCAGCCAUGCCUGUCCAGUCUGAUCCUUCACAACAGAGCAACGUGCAACGACUGGCUGAACCGUCCCAGCUGCUAAAGACGGCUAUUGUCCACCUAAUAAACUACCAGGAUGACGCCGAGCUGGCGACCAGAGCUGUGCCAGAGCUCACCAAGCUGCUGGCAGAUGAGGAUCCGGUUGUAGUGAACAAGGCGGCACUGAUUGUCAACCAGCUGACCCGGAAGGAGGCCAGUCGCCGGGUGCUGGUGCAGUCUCCGGCCAUGGUGGGUGCUGUGGUGCGUGCCAUGACAACAGCAGUUGACAUGGAGACAGCCCGUUGCACAGCCAGUGUGCUUCAUAGCUUGUCACACCAGAGAGAGGGACUGCUGGCCAUUUUCAAGUCUGGAGGGAUACCAGCACUGGUCCGCAUGCUGAGUUCACCGGUGGAGUCAGUUUUAUUUUAUGCCAUCACCACUCUCCACAACCUGCUGCUGCAUCAAGAGGGAGCCAAGAUGGCUGUGCGUCUUGCUGACGGCCUUCAAAGGAUGGUUCCCUUAUUGAAAAAGAGCAACCCCAAGUUCCUGGCCAUCACCACGGACUGUCUGCAGCUCCUGUCCUAUGGAAACCAGGAGAGCAAGUUGAUCAUUCUGGCCAAUGGGGGCCCAGAGGGUCUGGUGUUCAUCAUGAGGAACUACAACUAUGAGAAGCUGCUUUGGACCACCAGUCGUGUUCUCAAAGUGCUUUCUGUCUGUCCCAGCAACAAGCCAGCAAUAGUAGAAGCUGGGGGUAUGCAGGCUUUGGGCCAACACCUUACAGGUUCCAGCCAGCGUCUGAUCCAGAACUGUCUGUGGACACUUCGUAACCUUUCAGAUGCUGCAACCAAACAGGAGGGUCUGGAUGGUCUGCUACAGAUUCUGGUCACCCAGCUGGGCUCAGAUGAUGUCAACAUGUUAACCUGCGCCACCGGCAUUCUGUCCAACCUCACCUGUAAUAACUCUCGUAACAAGACUCUAGUGACUCAGUAUGGUGGGGUGGAGGCUUUGAUUCACGCUGUGCUUCGUGCUGGGGAGAAAGAAGACGUUGCUGAGCCGGCGGUCUGUGCCCUGCGCCACCUCACCUCCCGCCACCAGGACGCAGAGCUGGCCCAGAAUGCCGUGCGGCUGCACUAUGGUAUCCCUGCUGUCGUCAAGCUGCUUGGGCAGCCACACUACUGGCCAGUUGUGAAGGCUACAGUUGGGCUCAUUCGGAACCUGGCGCUCUGCCCGUCCAAUCAGGCACCGCUAAGAGAAGCAGGUGCUAUUCCUCGAUUGGUCAACCUGCUUCUGAAGGCUCACCAGGACACGCAGAGACACGCAUCUUCUGCACAGCAAACAUAUCAGGAUGGUGUCCGGAUGGAGGAAAUAGUAGAGGGCUGCACAGGAGCGCUUCACAUUCUGGCCAGAGACCCAAUAAACAGAGGAGAGAUUGCCAGCAUGCAGACCAUACCACUGUUCGUACAGCUGUUGUACUCGUAUGUGGAGAACGUGAAGCGGGUGUCUGCAGGUGUCCUGUGCGAGCUGGCCCUGGACAAACAGUCUGCAGAGCUCAUCGAUGCAGAGGGAGCAUCAGCGCCACUCAUGGAGCUGCUGCACUCCAACAAUGAAGGAAUCGCCACCUACGCUGCAGCAGUGCUGUUUCGAAUAUCGGAGGACAAGAGUUCAGACUACAGGAAGAGAGUGUCAGUGGAGCUCACACACUCGCUCUUUAAACAUGACCCUGCUGCCUGGGAAAUGGCCCACACUGCAGUUCCUUUGGAGCCUACAUACCUAGCUGAUGAAUUAGAUGGUUCUUACCCUCCGUAUGGCUACGCUGAUCUGGCCCUGGACACCCUGCCGCUAGACCCUGACCUUCACGAGCAGUACAUCCCCGACAUGACCUAUGACCCAAGACAGGCCUACCCUGAACCACUCUAACAGGAAAAGAAAACGGAAACAUCAAGAAGUGAACUGAACACAAGCAAAUUGCAGGAAGACUGGAUGAAUGGAUGGACCACGAUUGGAGGUUUUGACCAGAAAAGGAAUCAGCCCUUCCCAAUCCAGGGAAAAAAUCCCAUUUGGCAAUCAAGAACUAUUAAAAGAGGUUGCUUAUUAAAAGGAGGAUUAUUGUUCCUGUAAAUGAAAAAUGUAACUUUGUUAUAAUGUUUUACUGUGGGGUGAAAGUAGGAGUGUCUGACGUUUUGAGGCAUUGUUACACGGGUAACUUUCUGAAGCAAUCAAAUUCGAUGCAGUUGCCUUACACUGACAGUUGAGACAUGUAAGAGAAGUGGGAGGGGCUUAACCAAACUCAGCUGAUAAUCCUCACCAAUGGUUUCAUCUGUGAAGAUUUAGAUCCAAGUCAAGGAAUUUGAAUUGGAUGAAAUGUUACGACGUCAGUGUUGAGAUGUGGCGUUAGUGAUGCAAUGACUAUCUGUUCAUUGUUUUCGAUUUCUGCCCAUAUGUAUCUCAUGGCAAACAGUCAUAUUAGUCGGUUCUGAAAAAGUUAAAUUAAAUUAGUUAAAUAUAACAUUGCAGUUUACCGAAAUUCAUUGCUGACAUCACAAAAACACUCACUAUGAAAGCUCCUAGAUCUUUGGUUAGAAAACAUGUGACGUUAAACAGGAAAAUAAGUUCUCCCUUCUUGACAACACUGCAAAACACCAUUGCUCCAAAUGCUACCCGUGUAUCCCAGCCUUAAGCUGCUGUCUUAUAGAUGUCUCCUAUGUGUAUUUGAACAGUGCACAUGUCCCCAGGGUGUCAAUGUGUGGUCGUUGCAUGGUAGUAUAUCGUGUACUCAUUGAAAUAGUCGUCACCUUUGCAUACUGAGAAAAAAAAAUGACAUCUGGGUUUUACAAGCCAUUUUGGAUUACGCCAGCCAUUUGGAAAACUUUAGUGCAGAGGUGGACUAUGAACCCCAUCAUGUCCCAGCCUCACUUCCAACAAGUGGAUUUUCUUUUCAAAUGUCCACAGGAAAUGGAUUUACAAUCCAUCUGGUAUCUUUAGCAUCGGGAUAAAAAAAAAAAAAACUCCACCUUUUUCCAGAGGUAUCUAAUAUUUGCACCACAGUUCUCUGAUCAGCUUGUACACACCUUUGUGGGUGCCACUGAGUACAGUGCAGCAUAAAUUUGCAACAGUACUUACAUUGUGCAUCAACAUAAUAAACUGCUUUUCUACUAAGGGUGUGCUGAUAAUUUCAAUUUGAAAUUUGUUAGUAACUGUAUGUCAGUGUCAAUGGAGGGGUGGGUUCUGCAAGCUCUAAUACAUUAUUGCAUACUGUCUACUGCUUAUACCAUGUAUUAAAGAUUUAGUCUGUUAUUGGUGCGGAGUACCAUUUCUACCUAACCAUCGUAUUAUUGUACAAUUCACAUGGUCUACAUUUAAGAGCAGCUGGCGUUGGAAUGUGGACAUCGUGGACAGUUCGAGCACAAAUUGCUCCAUGCUUCAGGGGCAACUGUGCUUGUAUUUGCUGGGUUGCUGUUUUUGGUUGCAAUACUCGGCUAGCAACAGCAACCACAGCCUGCAAUGUUAAGAAAGCACAACUAAAUUACUUAAAUGAAUCAGUUGCUGAGGCAAUCUGUUGAAGUUAGACUGUUCCUAAAUCUUGCUAAGUCAUUAAAUUUUGUUAUUUUCAA